AUGUCAUCGUCUGUUCAUUUCAAAUUCAAAUCCCAGAAAGAACCCUCGCGGGUCACUUUUGAUGGCACUGGUAUUUCCGUUUUUGAACUCAAGCGCGAGAUCAUCAGCCAGAGUAGAUUGGGUGACGGGUCUGACUUCGAAUUGUCCAUCUACAACGAGGAUACUGGAGAAGAAUAUGACGAUGACACCACCAUCAUCCCUCGGUCUACGUCCGUCAUCGCUCGCCGAUUACCGGCCGCACGUCCCGGAAAAGGCGGCGCCGCAAGAUACGUCUCAGGAAAGAUGCCUGUGAAUGCGCGCAACGCUUCUCGAACCGAACCAUCGACGACACGAGUCGUUUCCGGGACGGCUCAAACAGUGAAUAACAACGUGCUAGAGCUUAACAAUGCGCAAACGGAGGAAGAGAAAAUCAAUGCGCUCUUCAAUCUUCAGGCCAGUCAAUGGAAGGAGCAGCAGCAGGAAAUGGCCAACGCAACACCCGUACCGUUCGGCCGUGGCAGAGGCAAGCCCGUCAACGUUCCCGAUCACCCCCCUCCUCCGGGGUACCUCUGCUACCGUUGCCGAGAGAAAGGUCACUGGAUACAAGCCUGUCCGACGAAUAAUGACCCGAAAUUUGACGGUAAAUAUCGGGUCAAACGAUCAACCGGCAUUCCUCGAUCACUGCAAACGAAGGUCGAGAAACCAGAGUCCCUGGCGCCCGAUGGCUCCAGUGAUGAUUCAAGGAAUACAGGGGUCAUGGUGAAUGCUGAUGGGGACUUCGUCAUUGCCAAACCAGAUAAAGCGGCAUGGGAAUUGUAUCAAGAAAAGGCCAAAGCAUCUGCGGCGGCGGCAGCCGAGGCGGCGGCUGUGGAGGAGAGCAAGGCACUGCAGGCUCGGGGUCUGGAAUGCCCAAUUGACAAAAGGAUGUUCUUAGAGCCAACAAAGACACCAUGUUGUCAAAGGACGUAUUGCAAUGACUGUAUUUCCAAUGCUCUGAUUGAAAGUGACUUUGUCUGCCCUGGUUGUUCAACCGAGGGUGUGCUCCUUGAUAACUUAACCCCGGAUGACGAGGCCGCCUCGGGAAUCAAACGAUAUGAAGCAGAGAAAGCCGAAGCUAAGAAAGAGAAAGAGAAACAGCUGGCAUCAAGCUCCGAGGGGGCGGUCAAUGGGACCGCUGAGGAUGCUUCGACCAAGGACAACAUUGCUGAUGCCAAUCCGAUGCCGUCACAUCCUAAAACAGAGAAUGCGCCUCCUCAGGCCAAGAAAAGACCGGCCGAGGACGAGUCAUCGCCGGACGGGGAUGGCAGCAGCCCUGAAAAUGCGGCCAAGAAGCCGAAAAGUGAGACUCAGCUAGAACCCCCCAAUGACCAGGCACAUCUCCAAGAGCCCUCGAACGGGGCUCUCCCCUUUAACCCUCAAAUGCCCUUCAAUGGAUUUGCCAUGAUGCCUCCAUAUUCAGAUUCCAGUUUCGGAAACGAGGGGUUCAUGAACCCUAUGGCGAUGCCAAAUGGUUUCCCCAACGCCAUGGGUCCUGGGUGGAACCCCAUGGGUAUGCCCUUCAAUUCAAUGCCGAAUGGCAUGUAUGGAGACCCAUCCAAUGGCUUUCCUAAUAUGUUUAAUGGGGAUCCGUCCAUGUUGAUGUUUCCGAUGGGCCAGAUGCCGGCAUCGAUGCAGAAUCCCGGUUUUCCAGGCCCUGGCAUGAAUACCUUUUCGAAUCAGCAACGAACGGCCUUCAGUGGUCCAUAUUCGCGUGAGGAGGAUUCACCCUAUUUUCGUCAGCCGGUGAACCCCCAACGUCAUCAAGCUCGACACCGCCGAGUUCGCCCGAGCGAUUAUCGGGAACUGUGA